AUGGGCGGUGGAAGAGGAAGAGGAAGAGGUAGAGGAAGAUCCAACAACAGCGGAAGCGGCAGUGGAAACCCUAAAAUCCGCAAAAGAGGUUCAGUUGCUAGAGAAGCACUUUUUGUUGAAGGUGGAUUCUUAUCCGAUUGGAGUCCCUCCUCCUCCAACCGCAAUUCAGGUAGAAAUGGUGGUUCCAAUAACAAAUCUGGGAGUCUACGUAGAGGAGAAGCUUCUGCUUCUGAAAAUGGAUUUGCAAAAUCUUUAGGGACUACUAUUGGAUUCAAUUAUUCUUCCCCUGAUGUUCAGGAGGUCUCGCGUGUUGGGAUUGGGAACAACAAUGAAGAUAGUAAUUUAAAUCAGAUGCUUCGACCUUUUGCUUCGGUGGAUUCCCAGCAGAAUCAAAUUAUUGCUAAUGAAGACCAGACACCACCUCCUUCAAAGCACAACAGUGUGGAAUAUAGUUACAGUUAUGGUGAUUUUGUUUUGGGAGACAGCUCUCAUAGAGGAUUAGGUUUCCCUGCUGAACAUGAUAAGACCCCAAGUGGCAUUGGCAAAUCAUCUGAACAAAUGCUACAGUCAACCCCAGUUUUAGAUUCAUCAUCCUUCGAAAAGGAUGUUGGUUCUGAUGAGGUUAUCAACUGUGAGUUAAGCAAUCAGAUGGAAGAAGACUUGCCAUCAAAGGUGUCUUCUACGAGAAAUUCAGGGUUUCUCUCUAUUGGAGGUCUUAAGUUAUACACAGAAGACAUCUCAGAGGAUGAAAGUGAAGAAAAUGACAUUGAAGCCUCAUCUGAUGAGGGUGACUCUAUGUCUUCUGAGCCAGAAGAAGGACUUGAAUCAUCCGAAAGCAAUUAUUCCGAAGACACAUCUGACAGUGAUUCAGACAUUGAUGAAGAUGUUGCGGAAGAUUAUUUAGAAGGAGUUGGUGGUAGUCAAAACAUCAUCGAUGCAAAAUGGUUGCUAGACCCUGUUUUGGAUGAGUCAGAUGACGAUAGUUCUUCAAGCGGAAGCUAUGGUGAGGCUUUGGAGAAGCUGGGUGGCAUUUCCCUUCAAGAAGCCUCCAGGGAAUAUGGCAUGAAGAAUGCCCAACCAUGGAGGAAACGAUCUGUAAAGAAGCAUGUUCCUAUUACCCUGGAUGACCUAAUGCUAGAAAAGGAUCCAAGAACCAUUUCUGCUAGAAAGAAGCAUGUUCCUCAGUUUCCUAAUUCUUGGCCUUCGCAUGCUCAGAAGAGUAAAGCCUCCAAAAGAAUCCACGGUGAAAAAAAGAAACUCCGUAAAAAAAAGAUUGCUGUCAAGCGUAGAGAAAGAAUGCUACACCGCGGUGUUGAUCUCGAGAAAAUUAAUUCGAAACUAGAACAGAUUGUUUUGGGGAAAGUGGACAUGUUCUCUUUUCAGCCUAUGCAUUCUCGGGAUUGCUCACAGGUACAGCGGUUGGCUGGAGUUUAUCAGUUGCGGAGUAGCUGCCAAAAUUCUGGGAAAAGAAGAUUUGUGACAGUGAUGCAAACACAUUCUACAUCCAUGCCAUCUUCAAGUGGUAGACAGCGCCUGGAAAAGUUGUUAGGAGCUGAUGAUGAGGAAGCUGAUUUUUCUGUCAUGGAUCCUACGAACAAGAAGUCGGCGAGUGAAAGCAGAAGACUGAGAAAGAAAAAUGCUAAAAGGAAUGAUUUUAAACUGCUAGAACUUCAAUCUGGCCAGAGCAAGACACCAAAGAACUCUGCUAACAAAGGCAGUAGUAAAGUAAAGGACAAGAAAGGGAGUGGACAAAAGAGUUCAUAUGCUAGUCAGCCAUUGUCAUUUGUAUCAAGUGGCACAAUCCACCCAGAAACUGUAAAGGUCAUUGCCAUGGAUUCUGAAGAGACUGAUAGUGCAAAUAAGAAGUGUGCCACCAGCUCUGCUGAUAUAGGUUCUUUUGAGGUACACACUACUGGUUUUGGUUCAAAAAUGAUGGCUAAAAUGGGAUACACUGAAGGAGAAGGAUUGGGGAAAAAUAGUCAAGGUAUAGCACAGCCCAUUGAGGUUGUCAAAAGGCCCAAAUCACUUGGUUUGGGUGUGGAAUUCUCUUGCAUUGUUGAUGAGCCAGCGCCAGCUAGGGACAAGUCUUCUAGUAUUGGUACUUCUGAAAAGCGUACCAAAAGCUUAGGAAUUGGUGGUUCUUAUGAAAAGCAUAUAAAAGGGUCUUCAAGUAUCGGUUCUUCUGGAAAGCAUAGAAAAAGAUCUUCAACUUCAGGUAUCGGUUCUAUUGAAAGCCAUACAAAAGGAUCUUCAACUUCAGGUAUUGGUGCUUUUGAAAAGCAUACAACAGGGUUUGGAUCAAAGAUGAUGGCAAAGAUGGGGUUUGUUGAAGGUACAGGAUUAGGCAGAGAAUCACAGGGCAUUACUGCUCCAUUGGGUGCUGUUAGGUUACCAAAGUCCCGGGGACUGGGCGCCAAAGGUUAA